AUGGAGCUGACAGGCAAAGGCGAUACGUGGGCUCUGCUUGGCCUGAACUGCAUGCUUCUUAUUUUCAUCACAGGUUUGCUUGCGCUGGGAGCUGCGGCGAUUGUAGGUGGCCUGCAGAUCAAUAUCUUUGACGUGCAAGUUUGGGGGGAUGGGUAUGCCAAGCUGAAGAUUGCAAUGAAACAGGGCUCUUGGCCUCGGCAUCUACCGGUGCAAUCCCAGGCUCUGCAUCAUGAUCUGGCUGAGCUUUGA